ACGUCCUAGUGUGGCCACCCUUGGUUGGCAAGGUGGGCAGAGAUGAUCGCAGCCCUGGAAUGAUCUAGACUACUUGUGGUUUUUAAACUUUUUCUGCCAGAAUCUCCUUUGGGCCAAGGAUAAUAGGCAAAAGCCUAUUAAUAUGCUGAGAGCUGUGGUGAGUCUGCCCUCUCCCCAGCCCGUUUUGCCAGCUUGGCCCUACCCUCAGAAACUGCUCCCGAAGCUCUUUCUCAGAACCCUAGACAUUUGGGAUAAUCUCCCCUCUCAGCUCAGGCCUUCUGGGUCUUGGCACUUUGGAAAAAUAGGAGUCUUGGGUGAGGCAGCCCUUUGACAUAGAGGGAUCUGAAGGGGUGGCACGGGCCAGGACAGCGGCAGGCUGUGCUGACUGUAGGGCCCCAGAGGGCGAGCACAGCUGGGAGGUCAGGCGGUGGGGCUGAGUCCUGGUUGCCAGACCAUCAACAAAUCCAGUGCCUGCAGUCCAAGUAGAGGUAGAGACGUGGUUUCCAGCCAGCUGGGGGCGGGGGAGAGGGGGCUUGGUCUGUGUGCUGGAUUCCUUCUCAAGAGCAUGCACACCUUGUAUGACAAGUCCCUGACUGGUGACUACUGGCCGGGCUAACCUGACAAACCAGCGCUCCUGGGCGUGGGCCACAGAGCCACUCGCUGACACUCCAUCUCCAGAUAACACCUGCCCCGGCAGGGCGGGCAGGGCCCCUUCUGCCUGGGUGGGCAACUGGGAGCCUUGCUGGUCAUCUGGUGCAGAGGAGUGGCCGUGUCAGCCUUCCAGAGCAUCCCGGGAAUGUCAGCUUGGAGUUUCUCUUGCUCUAAUAAAAUAGUUAUUGUAGCAGUAAGAACGAUGGCUAAAUUUUGCGUGUUACUUGCCAAACCUCAUCUUACCCAAAUGUCCCAACCAACCUUAAGAAAUAGGUCCUGCUGGUAUUAACUCAGUUCACAGAUUCUGUGAAGCUGAAGGUAGGGACUAGACUCAAUCACCACCUCACAGCCCUGAGGGCUUCACACAUCCCCUUCUCUGGUCCUCCGUGUACCCAUCCACCCAGAACAGAGUCCUCUUUUCCAGGGCUGGCACCUUCUCUUGUUCCACAUUCUGCCCAUUUCAGUACUUCAGGAAGACAUUUCCAGUGCCUGCAGUCCAAGUAGAGGCAGAGAUGUGGUUUCCGGCCCACUGGGGGCGGGGGACACAGGACAAUCAGAUAGGAUUGUCCUGUGUGUGUGGGGGGCUCCUGCUCUGACCACUUGGAAGUACCCCCACUCCUUCUGAGGGCUACCGGGAAGAUGGGGGAAGCCACUGCAUGCAGCAGGUGCUCAAUAACUCCUUUGAGGGUGAAGGAAAGGAGACGGCUGACUGGCAAAGAGCAGAGCAUUGAGGUGCAGCUAUGCCUGCAGGACGAGGGAACAAGCGGCUCCUGCAGUUGUGGGAACAAACCUCUCCUGACAGCAGGAUGCCGCAGCUGAGCCUCUCCUGGCUGGGACUCGACACAGCGGCAGCCUCCCCAUGGCUGCUCCUGCUGCUGGUCGGGGCCUCCUGGCUGCUGGCCCGCCUCCUGGCCUGGGCCUGCACCUUCUAUGACAACUGUAGCCGCCUCCGCUGUUUCCCAGAGCCCCCGAUGCGGAACUGGUUUUGGGGCCACCUGGGCCUGGCCAAGAACAAUGAGGAGGGCCUGCGGCUGAUGGAGGACCUGGCCCACUGCUUCCGAGACGUCCACCUCUGGUGGCUCGGGCCUUUCCACCCCGUCGUGCGGCUCAUCCACCCAAAGUUCGUUGUCCCCCUGCUCCAGGCCUCAGCCACCAUCGCACCCAAGGACAAGGGCUUCUAUGAUUUCCUGAAGCCCUGGCUGGGGGACGGGCUCCUGCUGAGUGGUGGGGACAAGUGGAGCAGACACCGCCGCCUGCUGACACCCGCCUUCCACUUUGAUAUCUUGAAGCCUUAUAUGAAGAUUUUCAGCAAGAGCACGGACAUCAUGCAUGCCAAGUGGAACCGCCUCAUCCAUGAGGGCAGCUCCCGUCUGGACAUGUUUGAGCACAUCAGCCUCAUGACCCUGGACAGUCUGCAGAAAUGCGUCUUCAGUUUUGACAGCAAUUGCCAGGAGCAUCCCAGUGAAUAUAUUGCUGCCAUCCUGGAGCUCAGCGCCUUCGUGAUCAAACGGCACAGGCAGAUCUUCCUGCACAUGGACUUCCUCUACUACCUCACCCCCAAUGGGUGGCGCUUCCGCAAGGCUUGUGACCUGGUGCACGGAUUCACAGAUGCUGUCAUCCAGAAGCGGCGCCGCAACCUCUUUAGUCAGGGUUCCCAUGAGUCCCUCCAGGGCAAGGCUAAGGCCAAGACUUUGGACUUCAUUGAUGUACUCCUACUGGCCAAGGAUGAAGAUGGGAAGGAAUUGUCAGACGAGGACAUCCGAGCUGAAGCUGACACCUUUAUGUUUGAGGGCCAUGACACCACGGCCAGUGGCCUCUCCUGGGUCCUGUACAACCUUGCGAAGCACCCCGAGUACCAGGAGCGCUGCCGCCAGGAGGUGCAAGAGCUCCUGAGGGACCGUGAGCCUAAGGAGAUGGCAUGGGACGACCUGGCCCAGUUGCCCUUCCUGACCAUGUGCAUCAAGGAGAGUCUGCGCCUGCACCCCCCCGUCACGGGCGUCUCCCGCCGCUGUACCCAGGACCUUGUGCUCCCAGACAGCAGAGUCAUCCCCAAAGGAAAUGUUUGUAUCAUUAGCAUCUUUGGGAUUCAUCACAACCCGUCAGUCUGGCCGGACCCUGAGGUAUACAAUCCCUACCGCUUCGACCCAGAAACCACGCAGAAGAGGUCAUCUCUGGCUUUUAUUCCCUUCUCGGCGGGGCCCAGGAACUGUAUCGGGCAGACGUUUGCCAUGGCCGAGAUGAAGGUGGCCCUGGCGCUCACGCUGCUGCGCUUCCGCGUCCUGCCGGAUGACCAGGAGCCGCGCAGGAAGCCAGAGCUGGUCCUGCGCGCGGAGGGCGGACUGUGGCUGCGGGUGGAGCCGCUGAGCGGGGGCGCGCGCUGAUGCCCUCUGCCCGGCCUGUGUGGGUCAGUGUGACCCUAAACACUCCUCAGUCUGCGGAUUCCCAGGAAUAAAACUGUGCUGUCACAUCCGCUCUAGCCUAUCCCAGAGCCAGCAGGAAUGCUUGCGACCUGCAUGGGGUCAGGGGGUGGGCGGGCUGGUGUCUCUGAGCCUCAGCAGCUGACCACAAGCCCCCCACGCUGACCUGAGGUCUCCCGGAGACCAACAUGGAUUUCAUCCUGUUGGCAAUAGGGAGCCGUGGGAGGUGUCUGGGCUGGAGAGGGACCAGGGCUAAGGACGGACUUAAGGGGCACAUUUGAGGCUCUGAGUCACACUCUAGCCACCCUGACCUCCGUUCCAAUCUUGUAAUAUACCCAGUGUUCUCUCACCCCCGAGUCCUUCACUGUUUCUCUGGUUACUGUGUCACUGUGUGGACUUAAACAUAAGCCUGGUUGCUUUAUA